AUGGCAACCGCAGUUGAAAUUGUGGAACUUACUAUGCAAGAAUACUUCAAUAAAUUUGUGAUGGAGGAAGCAAAUGCAUUUGGCUCAUUUAAGAAUGAAUUGCCUAUGAAUGAAUAUUUCCCACAAACAUACAAUCCGGAGUGGAGAAAUCAUUCGAACUUCUGGUGGAUCGACAAUCCAAAUUUUCAACAAGGGCCAUAUCAACCAUAUCAAGGCCAACAUAAUACUUGUCCACCUCAUGAUCAACCUCAAAAUUACACUCCACCACAAUCUCACCAACCACCUCAAGGACCGACUUUGGAAGAACUUGUUGCUUCAAUGGUUAGAACCACAGAUAGUUUCAUCAAGGAGACAAAAAGCUACAUACAAAGGAAUGACACCCACAUGCAGAAAACUGAUAAGGCCAUAGCCAAUCUAGAAAAUCAGGUGGGGCAAAUUGCUACAGCUUUGAGUCAAAAGGAAUCCGGGAUGAUGCCAAGCCAAACAGUGAUUAAUCCAACCGGGCAUGAGCAUGUUCAAGCAGUUACCUUGAGAACUGGUAAGGUAAUUGGUGAGGUUGAUAAUUCUGAAAAUCUGAUUCAAAAUGAUGAUGAGGUGCAGGUUGAACAAGUGACUGAGCCUAAAGAAAAGGAUGAAAUCAACAAGGAGAAAAAUAAACAAGCAGCAUCUUCACCUGAGUGGAUCCCAAAACAUGAAAUUGCUAGAAGGGCAAGGAAGGAGAAGGUAUGUCAUGAACCUACUGAUGAAGAUAUCUUAUGUGCUCCUUUUCCUCACAGGUUAAUGAGUUCUAAGGAAAAUCAACAUGCCAAGGACGUAUUGGAAACUUUCGAGAAGGUGCAAGUCAACAUUCCUCUCUUGGAUGCAAACAAGCUCAAGGAAUACGAAACUGUUACAUUAACGGAAGAGGUUUUUGCUGUUUUGCAAAGGAAGCUUCCUCCCAAGUCGAAAGAUCCAGGAAGUUUCACAAUUCCUUGUAUAAUUGGUGAUAAAUUGCUCGAAAAAGCUUUAAUUGAUUUAGGUGCUUCAAUUAAUCUAAUGCCUUAUUCUGUUUUUGAAGUACUAAAGGAAGAUAAGCUGAACAUCCAUGUUCCAAGCACCAAUCACAUGUUCAAUGUCAUCCUUUCUACUCAAGUGAGAAGGCUACCUAAUCCUAAAUAUGUGCCUCCUCCAUCUAAUCCACGUAUUGAAGAGCGCUUAAAAUUACUUUUGAAAUCUACUCAUGUGGGUAAAAAGAAAAGAAUACGAAAGGGGUUGAUUAGAUGGCAAAGAGAUUUGAAGAAACUUCAUGUUCGGCACAAGGAGGCGAUUGAGCCAAAACCUCCCAAGUGA